AGAUCGGACGAGCGGCAGCCGUGUUUUUCAGGUGGGCGGCCAAGUGGAUGUCGGCGCCGUUCGAAGAGCGGAGCGGGCUGGUGCCCUGCGCCACGCCCUGGGGCCGCUGGUACCAGACCAUGGAAGAGGUCUUUGUGGAGGUAAACGUGCCGCAAGGGACCCGCGCGCGGGACGUGGAAUGCAGCCUGAAGAGCCGGCACCUGGCUUUGGCCGUGGCGGGGAAGGAGGUGCUCAAGGGUAAUCUAUUUGAUUCUACAAUAGCUGAUGAAGCAACCUGGACACUAGAGGACCAGAAAUUGAUACGAAUUACCUUGACAAAAACCAACCGUGAUGCUGGCAACUGUUGGGGUUCCCUGCUGGAGAAUGAGUAUGCUGCUGAUCCUUGGGUCCAAGACCAAAUGCAAAGGAAGCUUACACUGGAAAGGUUCCAGAGGGAGAACCCUGGAUUUGACUUCAGUGGAGCAGAAAUUUCUGGAAAUUAUACCAAAGGAGGGCCAGACUUUUCUAGUCUUGAAAGAUAGGGGUGUCCUUUCAGCUAUAUAUCCUCCAGUUGCCUCAAAAUGACAAGCAUUAAGCUUCAGAGUAGCUUACUGGUUUUUCUGGACAGCUUCAAACCACAAAAUAACUUUUAUGAAAAUUGCACUAAAAGAGUAGUUAAAAAUAAACAUUACGUGCAUAUUCAGAUCGAUAUUAUUUGUAUGGUGACACUGGUGACCAAGGUCAAGAGCACACAUUUUUAGCUGCUACAAUUUAAGCUGUUUAUUAGUAUGCCGGUAAUUUUUUUUUUUUUUUUGAAAGUCUGAGACCUGGCUUAUUCUUUGGUGAAGCAGAUGAGUAAAAAAUAUUACUACCUUAAUGCUUCUGGCUGUAAUUACAACUGCAGCUUUCUCCAGUGGCAAAUCACUAAAAUAAACUUUGAAAUAUGGA